AACCUUCGAUGCAUGGUUAGUUCGGCGGCCACCAUUUCGACCAUUUCAACCACAACGACUCCCUCCACCAUCAGCAACGUUAUCACAAGUCAUUCGAACAAUGGCUCGUGCAUUCAGAUCGCUGAGGCGAUUGCGGCACAAGGCAUCGAUGAUAUUACUGUAGACUUUUACAUCCGAUCAAUCUUCACAUUCCUCUACGGGUUCCUGUUUGUAUUAGGCAUUUUUGGAAACGGCGGCGUACUAUGGGCGGUGGCGAGAAACAAGCGGCUCCAAUCGGCUCGCAACGUAUUUCUGCUCAACUUGAUCUUCACCGAUUUGAUAUUGGUGUUCACAGCGAUUCCAGUCACACCAUGGUACGCGAUGACCAAAGACUGGGCAUUCGGGUCAGUGAUGUGCCAUUUAGUUCCUUUGUCAAAUUCGUGUUCGGUGUUUGUGACGAGUUGGAGCCUCACUGCAAUCUCCUUAGAUAAAUUUCUGCAUAUCAACGAUCCCACCAAACAACCAGUUUCUAUUCGUCAAGCGUUGGCAAUAACAUUUCUUAUCUGGAUAGUCUCAACACUGAUAAAUCUACCGUAUCUUAUGUCUUUCGAGCACGUCGAUGGAAGCUUUUACGUUCAGCCCGGAGAAACUCCAUACUGCGGGCACUUUUGCGACGAGGCGAAUUGGCAGAGCGAAAAUAGUCGAAAGAUUUACGGAACUACGGUUAUGUUGUUACAGUUCGUCGUGCCGAUGGCAGUGAUCACGUAUUGCUACUUCAAAAUCUUGCAAAAAGUGUCAAAAGACAUGAUCAUCCAAAAUGCUCAAUUCUGUCAAUCACUGACACAAAAGCAGAGAAGUGAUGCGACGUCACGAAAGAAGAAAGUGAAUUAUAUUCUAAUUGCAAUGGUUGUCACAUUUAUCGGGUGUUGGUUGCCUUUAACAUUACUCAAUUUGGUCAAAGAUUUUAAAAAAGAGCCCGAAUGGCUAAAACGUCAGCCGUUCUUCUGGGCAAUAAAUGCUCACGUCAUAGCCAUGUCCUUAGUCGUCUGGAACCCUCUGCUAUUCUUUUGGCUGACACGAAAACAAAAACGUUCCGGACUGUCAAAAAUACUCAACUCAACAGAGAUUGUGUCCUCGUUUGCCAGUAGAGUGAGUAACUCGAUUCGGCGGUCAACGUUUCGGAGAAACAAUAUUGACAGGGUUCGAAAAAAGCAGGUGGUUCUGGAUUGCGAGGGAUCCAGCUACACGACCUCCUCCCGACCUCUACUCAUUCGGACAGAUGUGCAGGCAACUCUUUCUAAUGGCUCGACGAGUACUACCCGCGAGAUGCUGUAAAUUCUAUACGUUACUCCCCUGUGUUCAUCUUGCCCGUCUCUCGAAAAAUUCCAUUAUCUUUAUUUUCUGUUCAUUUUUUGCAUAACGAAACGUGCGAUUAAUCCGGGUCCAGUUCGCUCCGCUUUUUCUCCUCCUAAGACAGCAACCCCACAAAAAUCUAAUUGCCUUUUUUGUAUUUUCUUUGUUUUCUUUUCUUGUUUUUUUUUGUGUCAAAAUAGCGUCACCUAAUAAAGAUGCACGCAAAGAAA